AUGCUGCGGCUGCGCUGCAAGGCCCGGAGCGGCUCCCACCCGCUGCCCGGCCUCACGGCGCAUUCCCGCCUCCGGGAGUUGCAGGCCGCCCUGGCCGCCCUCACCGGAGUGCCGGCCCCGGCCCAGCGCCUCCUGCUCGGCUUCCCCCCGCGGAGCCUUGACCUGAGCGACGGGGAGCGGCGGCUGGGGGAGCUCGGCAUCCACUCAGGUGAUACUCUAAUUGUUGAAGAGGACACAACCAAACCCAAGAAUGAGUCACCUGUAGUUGCAAAAAGGAGUGUCCCCACUUUGGUCAGGGAAGCAUUGCCUGUACUUGCAAGGAGGGUUGUUCCAGCAGAUAACUCCUGUCUCUUCACAAGCAUAUUCUAUGUGGUAGAGGGAGGCAUUUAUGAUCCAGCAUGUGCUCCGGAGAUGCGCAGUCUUAUAGCCCAGAUAGUGGCAAGUGAUCCAGAGUCCUAUUGUGAGGCAGUACUAGGGAAAACCAAUGAAGAGUAUUGUGAGUGGAUCAGAAGAGAAGAUACAUGGGGAGGAGCCAUUGAAGUAUCCAUUCUGUCUAAGUUUUAUCAGUGUGAAAUCUGUGUAGUGGAUACACAGACAGUCAGAAUUGACCGUUUUGGGGAAGAUGCUGGCUAUGCUAGGCGGGUCCUUCUGAUUUAUGAUGGGAUUCAUUAUGAUCCACUUGAACGUAAAAUCCCUGACUCAGACGUCCCUCCCCUGACCAUUUUCUCAACAAAUGAUGACGUUGUUCUUGCACAAGCAUUGGAAUUGGCAGAUGAAGCCAGACGAAAGAGGCAGUUUACUGAUGUAAAUCGCUUUACACUAAGAUGCAUGGUGUGCCAGAAGGGGUUAACUGGACAAGUGGAAGCCAGAGAACAUGCCAAGGAGACUGGGCAUGCGAACUUUGGAGAAGUGUGA